AUGGAUGCGACGCGACAGAAGAUCGUCAUCGCGGAGGUCAUCAACGUGGCUCGCCGCAACGCAGACUUGCGUAAGCAGGUCCGCUUCCGAGGGCUUCCUGACACAGAAAUUCCUCUCGUGCCCGACGAGUGGGAUCCCUAUCAGCGGAAGUACAUCUGCACACACGGCUGGAAGGAGCGUGAGAGAUCGACGGGGAAGAGGAUGUCGCACAAGCUCCGCCGCACUGAGUGUCCGUUCCAGAUGCUUGCACAAGUCGUCCUUCGCCGAGAUGGAAAGUUGGGCAUCGUCAUGAAGCGAGAAGUCUACAGCCACAACCACCCCAUUUCCGACGACAUCUACAGGUCCUACCCAGGUAUUCGCCAGGUUCCUGCCGAGUCUCCGCUCAUGCCCGGAAUCGAGCUCCUGGUCGACGCCCAAGCCAGCACUUCCAGCGUGUACAAGUACAUCAGGGAGAACUCGAACCACCGCGUCUCGAUGGACGACGUGCGAAGCAUGAUCAGGCGAAUGAAGACGCAAGGCAAGUGGUUAUGCUGCUGCGUGGAAAUGUCCGAUGACGACGCGGUUGCGGAGAUGAUCCUGAACUUCAAUGGAGAGUCACCCGCUAAAGUUUUCGCAGACUAUGAAGCUUCCGUGCAGACAUGCAAUGGUCUACAGAAAAGUGUGUGGAAGCCCCUUCAUCAUCCCAUUCUCUUCCAUUUCGCCCAGGUAUGUCCAGUUUUUCUAUGA